ACCCAGAUGCCAUGACAGUAUCACACGGAACGCCGGCCCUGCCUCCGUGUCCUCAGCCCUGGCACCCACCAACCUCACCACCAUCUUUCCAUGUCCAUUCUUUUGUCUUUCGCAGGGUAACCAGAUGGAAACCUGACUGCUGCCCUCCCAGACUGGCUGCUUCCCGCCUGCCUCCUGCUGGGUUCCUUGCUUAUAACAGCAUCACUGUUGCCAGGUCACGAAUGAGGAAACCACGGUGUAGAGAGAGGGCACAGCCUGCCCGGGGUCACCCAGUGGCAGAGCCAGCGUCCGAGUCCAGACCUCCCAGUCUUGCUCUCUUGGCCCUACAUCUCUGUGAUUAGUUUUCCUGGCUAGGAAACAACAGAGGUCCACAGGCAGCAGUCUGGAAUCAGUCCUCACAGCUCCUGGCUGCAGUCUCAGACUCCAUGAGGAAGCAAGAGCUGAGGACUGAUGGAGAGACAUGCCUGGCCUCCAGUGCUGGCUCCCCAGGGGAGCAGGUGAAGGCCCUUGUGGAUCUGCUGGCUGGGAAGGGCUGUCGGGUACCACAGGCCCCUAACAAAAUGCCAGACUCCCCCCUGGGAUCCCAAAGCAAUGACUCAAGGAUACGGAGGCACUGUGAGGCCCUGCUGAGCAGGGUGGGAAAUGACCCAGAACUGGGCAGUCCCUCACACCGCCUGGCCAGCCUCCUGCUGGUAGAGGGCCUGACAGACCUGCAGCUCAGGGAACAUGACUUCACACAGGUGGAGGCCACACGGGGGGUCUGGCACUCUGCCAGGGCCAUCACCCUGGAUAGGCUCUUCCUGCCUCUGUCCCGGGUGUCCAUCCCACCUCGAGUCUCUGUCACCAUUGGAGUGGCCGGCAUCGGCAAGACUACUCUCGUGAGGCAUUUCAUUCGUUGCUGGGCCAGAGGACAAGUGGGCAAGAAUUUCUCACUGGUUCUGCCCUUGACCUUUCGGGAUCUUAAUGCCUAUGAGAAGCUGUCUGCGGACAAACUCAUCCACUCCAUCUUCCCAAACAUUGGAGACAGUAAUCUGGUGGUAACAGCCCCAGACAGAGUCCUCCUGGUCCUGGAUGGCUUGGAUGAGUGUAAGACACCCCUGGAAUUCUCCAAUACCGUGGCCUGCACAGACCCAAAGAAGGAGAUCCAGGUAGACCACCUGAUCACUAACAUCAUCCGAGGCAACCUCUUUCCAGAAAUUUCUGUCUGGAUCACCUCCCGUCCCAGUGCUGCUGGUCAGGUCCCUGGGGGCCUCGUGGACCGGAUGACUGAGAUUCGGGGCCUUACUGAGGAAGAGAUCAAAAUGUGUCUGGAGCAGAUAUUUCCUGAGGACCCGACCCUCUUAGGCCAGGUGUUGAGUCAGGUAAAGGCCAACAGGGCUCUGUACCUGAUGUGCACUGUGCCAGCCUUUUGUAGGCUCACGGGGCUGGCCCUGGGUCACUUGUACCACAGCACGCUGCCUGUCCCGGACCCAGAGCCGCCGCUGCCUCAGACCCUGUGUGAGCUCUACUCUUGGUACUUUAGGAUGGCCCUUGGUGGGGAGGGGCAGGACAAGGGAAAGGUAAGUCCUAGGAUUGAGCAGGUGGCCCAGGGAGCUCGCAAAAUGGUGGCGACAUUGGGCCGCCUGGCCUUCCAUGGGCUGGUCAAGAAGAAGUACGUGUUUUAUGAGCAAGACAUGAAGGCAUUUGGUGUGGACCUCGCAUUGUUGCAGAGCGCGCUGUGCAGCUGUCUCCUGCAACGGGAAGACACUCUGGCCUCCUCGGCAGCUUAUUGCUUCACUCACCUGUCUCUGCAAGAAUUUGUGGCAGCCAUAUAUUACUACAGUGCAUCCAAGAGAGCCAUCUUUGACCUCUUCACCGAGAGCGGCAUGUCUUGGCCCAGGCUGGGUUUCCUCGCGCAUUUCAGGUGUGCAGCCCAGCGGGCCACACAAGCUAAGGAUGGGAGGCUGGAUGUGUUCCUGCGUUUCCUCUCUGGCCUCCUGUCUCCAAGGGUCAAUGCUCUGCUGGCCGGCUCCCUGCUGGCCCAAGGCGAGCACCAGAGCUACCGGGCCCAGGCGGCCGAGGCCCUGCAGGGCUUGCUGCGUCCUGACAUUGCAGUCUGUGCGCGAGCCGUCAAUGUCCUGUACUGCCUGCACGAGCUGCAGCACACAGAACUGGCCUGCAGUGUGAAGGAGGCCAUGCAGAGUGGGACCUUGGCUGGGCUCAGCGGCCCCCCGCAUCGCACUGCUCUGGCCUACCUCCUGCAACUGUCUGAGAUCUGCUCCCGGGAGGCCAGCUUGUCCCUGUGUCUCAGCCAGAGUGUCCUCCAGAGCCUGCUGCCCCAACUGCUCUAUUGCCGGAGCCUCAGGCUGGACAACAACCAGUUCCAGGACCCUGUGAUGGAAUUGCUGGGCAGUGUGCUGAGUGGGAAGGACUGUCGCAUUCAGAACAUCAGCCUCCGGGGUAACUCCAUUGGACCACAGGGGGCUAAGGCCCUGGCAGAUGCUCUGAAGAUAAACCGAACGCUAACCUCUCUAAGCCUCCAGAACAAUGUGAUCAAGGAUGGUGGUGUCGUGUGCAUGGCUGAGGCCCUGGUCUCCAACCAGACCAUCUCCAUACUACAGCUGCAGAAGAACCUAAUUGGGCCGGUGGGAGCCCAGCAGAUGGCAGAUGCCCUGAAGCAGAACAGGAGUCUGAAGGAACUCAUGUUUUCCAGUAAUACCAUUGGGGAUGGAGGUGCCAUGGCCCUGGCUGAGGCCCUGAAGGUGAACCAGGGCCUGGAGAACCUGGACCUACAGAGCAAUGCCGUCAGUAAUGCUGGGGUGGCAGUGCUGAUGCGAGCCCUCUGUGUUAACCGGACCCUGUCUAGUCUCAGCCUACGAGAAAACUCCAUCAGCCCCGAGGGAGCCCAGGCCCUUGCUCAAGCUCUCUGUAUGAACAACACUCUGAAGCACCUGGAUCUGACAGCCAACCUCCUCCAUGACCAAGGUGCCCAGGCCAUUGCGGUAGCAGUAGGAGAAAAUCACUCCCUCACACACCUUCACCUGCAGUGGAACUUCAUCCAGGCUGGUGCAGCCAGGGCCCUGGGACAAGCACUUCAGCUGAACAGGACCCUGAGAACCUUAGACUUACAGGAGAAUGCCAUAGGGGACGAAGGAGCCUCGGCAGUGGCUGCGGCCCUGAAGGUGAACACAGCCCUCACCGCUCUCUACCUACAGGUGGCCUCCAUCGGCACCCAAGGAGCCCAGGCACUUGGGGAGGCCCUGGCUGUGAACAGAACCUUGGAGAUUCUUGACUUACGAGGAAAUGACAUCGGGGUAGCUGGUGCCAAGGCCUUGGCAAAUGCUCUGAAGUUAAACUCCACUCUCCGAAGACUCAAUCUCCAGGAGAACUCACUGGGGAUGGACGCGGCCAUAUAUGUUGCCGCUGCACUGUCUGAGAACCAUGGUCUGCAUCAUAUUAAUCUCCAGGGGAAUCCCAUUGGGGAAUCUGGUGCCAGGAUGAUCUCAGAGGCUAUCAAGACAAAUGCUCCCACAUGCACUGUGGAAAUGUAAGGGAAGUAAGAUCCUGGUGAACCAUGCAGACUCAACUGGAAGCUUUUGAUCAGCGUGACCUCUAUUUCUGCAUAAUUUCCUGGAACCUGAAUGCCGCUGAACCAGCUCUCAAGCUGGUCUCCUGAACAGAGGAAGGAAGGGCACUUCCAGCAGAGGUCACAGCCAUCUUUCCUCCCCAGGGUCAGUCAGGGGGAAGAUGGAUACUCUUGACAGCAUAGAGGAGGGAAGGAGCCGCCACCAAGGGGCACUCAAGAGACAAAAUCUCAAAGCUCCACAAAGUAGGAAGCUGGUCCUGGGUUAUUCAUACCCUGGGGUCUUCAGAGUCCCAACUUAAAACCAAAACAACAACAACAACAAAACCAACUGUGUUUCUGCCCUGUGCACUCACAUGGUUAACAGCAUUAGUCUUAAAUCCAGCUGCAGUCUUCAAGCCCAUUAAGGACAUUAGCUUGGCAAAGGUGACAGUGGGCCCAUUUUUUCUCUUCUCAAGAGAAGAAAAAAGUUUUGGGGUGUGACCCUUAGAUACAUAUGGAGAAAAUAUGAGAAAUUUGUGAAGACAAAUGAAAGGUUAAUUCUGAGAUUCUGCGUUCUUUUGUAAGAUCUCUCAGACACCUAGAAUGGCCUGCUGUAUUUGGAGUCCAGCACACUGGCUAUCCAUUGCAAAUUAAGUGUUGAUACCCUGAUGCCAUUAUCCUGUAUUUAGGCAUCCAAAACCUCUGCGGUGGCCAUGGCUUCCCCUGGGAGACAGACAAGCUGUGCUUCCAUGUGGCAAAUGCCCUCCAUUGUCUGAUUCAAACAGGAAAACCUAAAUGAACUUCACAGAUCUCAAGUAAGCCACUAAGAUAAGUGCUUAUAAAGACCAUAAAGUGGGUUGAGAAUGGUGGCACACGCUUUUAAUUCCAGCCCUCGGGAGGAAGAGGCAGAUGGAUCUCUGUGAGUUCAAGACCAGCCUGGUCUACAGAGCAAGUUCCAGGAUAUCCAGACCCAUAUAACAAGGCCCUGUCUUGGAAAAAACAAAACAAAAUAAAAAUGAGUGUCCAGAAGCUAGACAUGGUGGCACACACUUGUAAUUCUAGUACUUGAGAGGCUGAGAAAAGAGGAUCAUGAUUCGAGGCCAGUUUAAACUACAUAGUGACAAGACCAAAAAUACAAACCUGAGUACUCAGAUGAAUUAUCAUGGAGGCUGACAGUGAGGGGUGUUGCUCUGGUUACAUAAGAAAAGGGCAUCUUAGCAAGUCACAUGGCAAAUGUUGCCAAAACAAAGGUGAUUAAACUUAGCCAGGAAAUGUUGUGCACUGGUAAUCCCAGCACUUGGCGGAGGCAGGAGGAUCAGGAGUUCAAGGCAGUCUUUGGUACAUGGUUGAGUUCCAGACCAGUUUCUGCUGCAUGAGAUCCUGUCUCAGGAAAAACAAAAGAAAAUCCAGUGACUGAAUCUAACCUCGCAGCCACGGGACAAGUGCGUAUGUGCAUGCCUGAAGACAGAGCACUGACCUCUGUUCUGUUUACCGUGAUCUACCUGUAGAGGCCCAAGUGGAAGGACUUUCCACAAAGCUGGCCUGACUGCUGAAAACUGUUACAACAGUCUGGAGAUGGCUUUAAAUUAAACAAACGAAAAGGACCUCACAGUGACAUACAGGAUCCUUGAUUGGCUCCUAGGUUGGAGGAAAAAUAUAAUUUUCAAACAAUGUUACUUGGA